ACUUGUCAGUUGUCAUCGUUGUAGAAUCGAUAUAUCACUUCUUUAUUUUUGUUCUUAUAAUAAUUGUCUAAAAUUAAACAAUAGAUUGAUUUACUGAAAAUGUAUUUGUGAAGUAACAAAAAUCAUUAAAGAAACCAAAAUGACCGUUGCCGAAUUUUUUGGAUGCACAUUCAUGGCCUUCGGGCCCCCCUUUGCAAUGUUUAUUUUUACAAUCGCCCAUGAUCCAAUAAGAAUAAUAAUCCUCAUAGCUGCAGCAUUCUUCUGGUUGGUGUCUUUACUGUUAUCAUCAAUUAUUUGGUCUGCAAUACCAUUAAAAACACAUCUGGAAUUUGCUAUAUUUUAUACUGUCUUGUUCCAAGAAGGUUUUAGAUUUGCAAUUUACAAAAUAUUGAGAAAAGCUGAAAAUGGCUUGAAGAAAAUCACUGACAAUAGCACAACUUUAAUUGAAAACAAACACAUAUUAGCAUAUGUCAGUGGCUUAGGAUUUGGAAUUAUGAGUGGUGCCUUUUCAUUAGUUAACGUUCUAGCAGAUGCAGUUGGACCAGGGACAAUGGGUUUGAAAGCUGGCAAAGAAACGUUCUUCAUAACUAGUUCAUUAAUAGGUUUAUGUUUUAUUUUACUGCAUACGUUUUGGAGUGUGAUAUUCUUUUAUGCAUGUGAUAAUCGGAAUUACUUACAUUUGGGGUAUGUCGUAAUUUCACAUUUAGUCGCCUCCUAUUUAACGUUGUUAAAUAGUCAUUAUGAAUAUUGGGGAUCAAUUACAACUUUGUAUGUAAUACUCAUGUUUACAGGGUGUGCAGCUUUUAAAGUUGCUGGUGGGACAGUUGCUUCGUUAGUAAACGGGCUUAAUUUUAAGGCUAUUGUUUAGAAAGAUAUGUUAUUAAUAAAUAUUUAAACUACUAAUGUAUUUAUUACAUUUUAUUUCCGACUUACUUUAUUAUAUUUAUUUAUAUUUGUAUUAAUAUAGAAAUAAAAUAAUAAUCAACA